AUGGACGCAGCCGAGCAGAUUGAACGACUGCGCCAAGAGCUGCAGAUCACUCGCUACCAGCUGUGCUUGGCGCAGGCAGAGGCGGCACGAUAUCAAAGUCUGCUGCUCUCAAAGGCGGCCGAGGAUGGGGUGGAACAACGUCAGUUAGACGUUGAUGAGGUGCGGCAGACUGACUGGAGAUGUGGCAGCGUGUCCUCAUCGUCGCUGCUGGAAGAGAAGUCGGGUGAUACUGAGGAGGAAGAAGAAUUCAUUAACGUACCUCGUAUUCGUGCAUGUCGGCAAUCGAAGCAUCGAUCCGCACGUCACCCGUGUGGAAAGAGGGUAAGGGAGGAGGUUGUGGUGUAUAAGUUUGUUCCCCCACUGGACUUCCUUCCAGCGGUGUUCGUCGCUGAGUACCGCGACGUAAUUGAGAUUAUCGAAAAAUAUGCCCAACUGUACCAUCGGUUUGCAUCGGCAAGGGCACCUUUGGCAUCUACACGUAUGAGUGCAGAGACCGAAGGGUGA